AUGGACCUGAAUGCUUCACCCCAGCCCGAGGAAGACGAGGAUCCUUUUAUUAAGAGACGCCUUGAAAACCGAGUUGAAUCUGCUGUUGAAAUCGCUAGACGGGAGCGUGAAGAAAGAACCAAAAGGAUGAGACUUGACAGGCCUUCCCGAAACUCUCAUCACCAGUAUCAUCACAACCACAACAACAAUAACAACAACGGUGAUACCAGAGUCUAUGAUAAAAGCAAAAUCCCUCAAGGUUGGCUAGAUUGUCCUGGUUUUGGUCUGGAGGUAGGAGGAUGCAUCAUUCCUUCUAAGGUUCCCCUUAGCGAAUCUUACAACGAACACGUUCCUCCUGGCAAACGUUACUCUUUUAAACAGGUUAUCCGCAACCAGAGAAUCAAUGGACGCAAACUUGGUCUAGUGAUUGAUCUUACUAAUACAACUCGUUACUAUUCCACAUUAGACUUAAAGAAGGAUGGCAUCAAGCAUGUUAAGAUUGCAUGCAGGGGUCGUGAUGCUGUGCCAGAUAAUGUCUCUGUUAACUCCUUCGUCAACGAGGCUAUUCAGUUCGUCGUUAAUCAAAAACACCCUAAGAAGUAUAUCCUUGUCCACUGUACUCAUGGUCAUAAUCGGACUGGCUUCAUGAUUGUUCAUUAUCUUAUGCGCUCUAUCCCCACCAUGAACGUUACCCAGGCGUUGAAAAUGUUUUCUGAUGCCCGGCCACCUGGGAUUUAUAAACCCGAUUAUAUUGAUGCUUUAUACACCUUUUAUCACGAAAUAAAGCCUGAGACUGCUACUUGCCCACCAACUCCUGAAUGGAAGAGGUCUACCGACCUUGACCUUAACGGUGAAGCAGUUCUUCAAGAUGAUGGUGAUGAUGAGGAUGAUGCUCAGCCUAUCCCUGUUCAAGAAAUCAAUCAAGAGACUGUGACGAUGUCAAAUGAUGACGUUUUGGGGGAUGAAAUACCCCAUUAUCAAGAGGAAGCUUACCGAAAGUUCUGUUAUAAGAUGCUUAUGAUGAGUAUUGGGGGAAGAGGAUGUGCUCAAUUCCCAGGUUCACACCCUGUCUCCUUAGACAGGGAGAGUUUACAACUUUUGAGGCAGCGGUACUAUUAUGCGACAUGGAAAGCAGAUGGAACACGAUAUAUGAUGCUCUUAACCAUAGAUGGUUGCUAUCUGAUAGAUAGGAGCUUUAAGUUUCGAAGAGUACAGAUGCGUUUCCCCUGUAGGCACUCUAGUGGAGGAAUGUCUGAUCAAGUACACCAUUUCACUUUGCUUGAUGGAGAAAUGGUUAUAGAUAAUCCGAUGAAUGAAAAAGGGCAGGCUAGAAGGAGGUACCUCGUAUAUGACUUGGUAGCAAUCAACGGUGAAUCAGUCGUUGAGCGGACAUUCUGUGAAAGAUGGAACAUGGUGGUGCACGAGGUGAUCAAAGGCCGAGAGGUUGAUAAGCAAAGGAAUCAUUGCUACAGAUACGACCUGGAGCCUUUUGGUGUACGGAUGAAAGGUUUUUAUUUACUCUCCACUGUUGAGAAGCUUUUGAAGGGUACCAUCCCGUCUCUUUCGCAUGAAGCAGAUGGCCUUAUAUUUCAGGGGUGGGACGAUCCAUACGUUCCACGAACGCAUAAAGGUCUAUUAAAGUGGAAGUAUGCGGAAAUGAACUCAGUAGACUUUCUGUUCGAGAUGGGUGAGGAAGAGGACGGUCGCAGGAUGCUCUUCUUGUUUGAAAGAGGGAAGAAAAAGCUUAUGGACGGAUAUACGGUUGAGUUUAGAGAUGGUUCGGAUCCGUCAAGUUACAAUGGGAAGAUAGUAGAGUGUUCAUGGGAUAAGGAGAAGAAAGUAUGGGUUAGCAUGCGUAUCAGAUUCGACAAAACUACACCGAACGAUAUCAACACCGCUCGUAAGGUGAUAAAAAGCAUAAACGACAACAUAACAGAGGAAGUGUUGCUUCAGGAAAUAAGAGAGAUUAUACGUCUCCCAAUGUACGCAGACCGCAUUCGAAUGGACCUUCGUGCUGCUGGACGCUGA